CAGAAAUAACAAAUCGGUGAAAUGGUAUUAAAUAUUUUACAGGAUAUUUUUAGAACAUCGAUUGUGCUCUUUUAAUUACUAUUUGAAUUAAAGUACUCACUUCAUGUGACUUAAUCAUUAGCAAUGGCAGACGACGAUGUGCCCUCCGACAGCAGUCUCCUCGUGGUAAUAGUGGACACCAAUCCCAAUCAAAGAUACAUAAUAGAGGACCCCAAAAUGCUCACAAACGUCUUGGAUGCUGUAGUAGCAUUUAGUAACUCCCAUUUAAUGCAGAAAGCUAGUAAUGAACUUGCAGUAAUAGGCUGUCAUUUUCAUAAAAGUGAAUACCUGUAUCCAAGUCCUGGUAAACCUCUCGAUGUAAGACAAAUAGAUGGACAGUAUGAAUUAUUCACAUUAGUUGAGAAGACCAUCAAAAUGAGAUUAGUCAAUUUAAUCAAAAGUCAACCGCAAGAAGAGAAACCCGGAGAAUCAUUGCUGGCUGGCGCUUUGGCACUGGGACUCUGUUUUAUUGCCAGAUCUCGACGUAGUGCCAUUCCGGGUUUAAGGACUAGCAGCCGUAUCCUCGUGGUCACGGGCAGCGCCGACACCGCUGCGCAGUACAUCAACUACAUGAACGUGUUCUUCACCGCACAGAAGGAGCAAGUCCUGAUCGACGUGUGUUCUGUGGACAAGCAUCUCAGUCUGCUGCAGCAGGGUUGCGACAUCACGGGAGGCCUGUACCUGAAGAUACCAAGCUUGGAGGGAUUGCUACAGUACUUACUGUGGGUGUUCCUGCCGGAAGCCAAUGAGAGAAGUAAACUGGUACUGCCGGGGCGGGGCCGCGUGGACUACCGCGCUGCCUGCUUCUGCCACAGGGAACUGCUCACCAUCGGCUACGUCUGUUCGGUUUGCUUGAGUGUUUUCUGCAAAUUCAGCCCGAUAUGUACAACGUGUCACACCGUCUUCAAAAUAGGAGGACCACCUAUCAAACCCAAGAAGAAGAAAAUGAAAGUUUAAAAUGACUUUUACCUGCUCUUAAUAUUCGUGAGCUUUUAAUAUUAAUGUGUCCAUAUUGUGAAAAUUGAACCGGCAAUAUUGUAAAAAUUAAGUAUUUACUGGUGAUAUGGCGUAUUGUAAGUCCGCACGAGGAGAUACCACAAUUCGACAUCUUUCUGCCGCUAAGCAAUCCUGAGGUCCAAUUUGAAGGACGAUCUCGAUGUCUUAAGAUCAAGUGGACCAUGAGCUCGUUCACAUAUCUAUUCAAUAAAUAAACUAUACUGAUAUCUUAGAACUUAUAUCUCAAGGU